CCUCUUUUGUCGUAUGGAGGUGACGGAUGAGGAACCUGCAUGGUGCCUUAUGCUUGCUCCCAAGUGGACUAGCACAGCCUGACGAGGAGAGCCUAAUUGCUGUCCCUGCAUCAGCAUCCUGGGAAUUGCUUGCCCUCCGCUCGGAGCAGCUGAUCACAUGAGCCUGAUUUUUCAGUUCAGUUCAUUAGUCAGCCAUUUUGGUCACCACCCUGCUCACUGCGCACAGCCAAUCCUGUCGGCACUCUGCCUUUGCUGGGAGAAAGGGACCAGCAGUGUGAUUCUGGCAAACCUGGAUAUCCAUCUCUGCAUCCUUCCUUUGUUUUUGCUUGGGUAAUCAGCAGAGGAAGCCAUUCUUUUUCCUUGUUCUGCCUUUUUUUUUUUUUUUUUUAAUAUAUAUAUUUUUUUUUACCUUGUUUUUUCCCACCUCCUGGCUUUGAUGCAGCAGUCAGGUCUCCUGUGGUUGCUUAGGAUCAAUAGCCUCUAGCACAGCUGAAGACGACAACAGUUGGUGGCAAGGAGGGAGGAAGAGAGGAGCCCGAAGGAGCGGCGUUUUUACCUUGCUUUAUAUAUGAAAAGGCCAGAGCAGCCUGUGCAACCCUGAGCACAUCUGUCCUUUAACAGCAAGGUAUUUCUCAUUUUCUUCUUCGGAAAGCUUUUCUUUUCAGUCCUGAUUUUUCCCCCUGUUCCCGUUGUUGUUGUACCAGCUGAGUCAUCAUGUCUGCUCUGACGCCUCAAAGCGACAUGCCAACCCCCACCACAGACAAGAUCACUCAGGCUGCCAUGGAGACCAUCUAUCUUUGCAAAUUCCGAGUGUCGAUGGAUGGAGAAUGGCUCUGCUUGCGCGAGCUGGACGACAUCUCGCUGACACCUGACCCAGAGCCUACCCACGAAGACUCUUGGGAGGAUUUGACAGAUGUGGUGGAGCAAUUGCGUGAUGAUACUGAAGAUCCUAACUAUCUCAUGGCUAAUGAACGCAUGAACCUGAUGAACAUGGCGAAACUGAGUAUCAAGGGGUUGAUCGAAUCGGCGCUUAAUCUGGGCAGGACGCUGGACUCUGACUACGCACCUCUCCAGCAGUUCUUCGUUGUGAUGGAACAUUGCCUUAAGCAUGGCCUGAAAGCCAAAAAGACAUUUCUUGGGCAAAACAAGUCAUUUUGGGGACCUCUAGAACUAGUAGAAAAACUUGUUCCUGAGGCUGCAGAGAUUACAGCAAGUGUUAAGGAUCUCCCAGGGCUGAAGACACCUGUGGGUAGAGGAAGAGCUUGGCUUCGCCUGGCUCUAAUGCAGAAGAAGCUUUCUGAAUACAUGAAAGCCUUGAUUAACAGAAAGGAUCUUCUCAGUGAAUUUUAUGAGCCUAAUGCACUGAUGAUGGAAGAAGAAGGUGCGAUCAUUGCUGGUCUCCUAGUAGGUUUGAAUGUCAUCGAUGCCAACUUCUGCAUGAAGGGAGAAGACCUGGACUCACAGGUUGGGGUUAUUGAUUUCUCAAUGUAUUUGAAAGAUGGGAACAGCACAAAAGGCAGUGAAGGAGAUGGUCAGAUAACUGCUAUUUUGGAUCAGAAGAACUAUGUAGAAGAACUCAAUAGGCAUUUAAGUGCUACGGUAAACAACCUGCAGGCCAAGGUGGAUGCCUUAGAAAAAUCCAACACUAAACUGACCGAGGAGCUUGCAGUUGCAAACAACAGGAUUAUUACACUGCAAGAAGAGAUGGAACGGGUUAAAGAAGAAAGCUCUUAUAUCUUAGAGUCCAGUCGUAAGGUCACUAAAGACAGAACUGCUGAUGGACAUGCACUGACUGAGGCACGAAAACAGUUAAAGGAGGAGACUCAGCUGCGGCUGGAUGUGGAGAAAGAGCUGGAGGCACAGAUCGGGAUGCGGCAGGAGAUGGAGCUAGCCAUGAAGAUGCUGGAGAAAGAUGUUUGCGAGAAACAGGAUGCACUGGUGGCGCUCAGGCAACAGCUGGAUGAUCUCAGGGCCCUAAAGCAUGAACUGUCUUUCAAGCUGCAGAGUUCAGACAUGGGAGUGAAACAGAAGAGUGAAUUAAACAGCCGUUUGGAAGAAAAAACAAAUCAGAUGGCUGCCACCAUCAAACAGCUUGAACAAAGAUUGCGACAGUCAGAGAAGGACCGUCAGUUGGCCGAGCAAGACAACCGCCUCUUCAAGCAGGAGUUUGGGGACAAAAUCAACAGCCUUCAGCUCGAAGUGGAAGAGCUCUCCAGGCAGCGGAGCCACCUGGAACUAGAACUGAAGCGGGAAAGGGACAUAUGGUCACACAGUCACCAACGCAGCCAGGAAAACAAAAAAGGCACAAAGAAUUGGGUCAGGCAGGAUGGGAAGCUCAAAAUCCAGGAAGAAAAUGCUAAACUGAAGCAGCCGCCAAGAGAGAACAGUGUCCUGACACACAAGUUACCGAGCAGCACGCAGGAAGAGCAGGAGCAGCUCUCAGGGCCUGGAAACGCUGAGAUCUGCCAGCUCUGCCGGGAGGAAAGCAGCCGGAGCAAAAAAAAGAACAUCUGCAAGAACUGUAGUGGCAUCUUCUGUGAAGCCUGCUCAGUGAAUGAGCUGCCCCUCCCAUCUAGUAUCAACCCCCAGCGUGUCUGCAACCCCUGCCACCAGCAGCUCAUCCAGCAGUACUCGACCAGUCCCUUGUAGGGGAUGGGCUGCACAGAGAGGUGACAAAAAAUGGUUGUAGCUGAUGAUGGUUUCUGGAGUUGUUCAGGGGGAAUGUGAAGAGAAGACGCUUGCCUGUGUUCUUUGGACAUCAGAGGGGAAGCAGCUUCGUGGUGUUCACAGUCUCUUGUGACAAAAAACAGUCUGAGCCUUCCCUGUACAGAAAUGUGCCUGCCCUGAGGCCUGAGCUUGUGCUGGGAGAACUGCUUUGGGAAUGUCAUGUGAAGUAGUCCAGGAUGUGCCUGAGCAGCCUCGGGGCACAGUGAGAACAGAGUCCCCUCCAAAAAAAGAGCUGUGUGUGUGCAAGUUGAGAAUGUUCUCAUCCUGAAGCGUGUGGUGUGAAAGCAUGCUGCUGUGAAGCAGAGGCUCACUGAAAGCAGAACAGGAGCUUUUUAAUCCUCGUGUCUGGUUGCACUUGAAAUCCCGUCUCCCCUUUCCUGCUUGCCCUUGACAAUCUGGCUCUACCUGCUGCAUCAGUGCCAGGCAUCAGGAGGUGGGUGAGAUGCCAGCAGCCCCUUCCUAGCUUCAUUUCUUUGGCUCAGGCCUCUGGCCAUGGGUUUGGUAUGCAAAUCUGUACCAAAACCAAUCAAAGCUGUGAAAAUUCCCCUUCUGUAUGGUAAGGGGUGGGGGUGUUGGUGGUUUUGGUGGAUGCACAAUAUGAGAACUGAUGACCUGCACUGAUCCGGCAUGUAAGCGCCUUACGGCAUCUCUGACCUCCCUUUCAGAGACCCUCACUGUGACUUCGUGACUACACAAGGGUGUAACUGUACCUCCCACCUCGGUGUGGUAACAGAGGAAUUGGAGUCCCAAGUAUUUAGACACAGAAGGUGAUUUAGGGCCACUUCACUCCACCUUUCCCCCUUGCACACAUGAAAGAGUCACCAUGAUAAACCUGGCGUUUCACUUUCUUUCUGUUAGAUCAAAAAGGCGGCGAGAUGAAAUCGGAAUGCGCUGCACCUACUAGAAGUGGUAGUUUGAAACACAGUUUAAAGAGGUUUCACAGUUUAUGCUACAUCAUUCUUUGUUGCUGUCAUCUCAUGGAAUUUCACGUUACUCCAAAAAGCAGUGGUGGCUUCCUUACGAACACGCAGCAGGUCACAGUUGUGUUGGGUUUGUACUGGAAGCCUACAUCAGUCUUGAAGACCGCAGAAUGUUUUGUAGUCCAUAGAAAACUGAUGUAUUUAUGUAACAACAAAUGCAUUUGGGUUUGUACAAAUGUUAUUAGGGGUUAGUGGUUUAAUUCCUCAGAGGGGAUUUUCUGUUCAGUAGCCCGGCUGGGACUGCAUUAAAAAGCAUGUCAGAGCUGAGAUUUUGUGGCUGGUGCUAGUUUGGACCAUGAACAGGGGGAAACUUCAUGUAGUUUUUCUGCUCUUUUUUCCCCCCUCAUGGCAGUUACUGGAUCCAUUUCCUUGCUGCUGUCCCUUACAGUAGAUUAGUAGUUGUAAACAGUGUUGAAAUAUGAAAAGCCUAGAAUUUGAGUGUGGAUACCCUCCUUUGAAGGGGUGAGACACCAGAGAUGGAUGGGGAGGACACUGAGUGCAGUGUUACAGUUUUGUGUAUGUGCUGUACCUGUUGAAAAGAUGUCAAAUUCCUGCACCCAAACCCAGUGCGACUCACCCCCAUGGAGAAAGUGAGACCCACACAAUUUCCAUGUGAGGGGAUUAAACUAGAACCUGGGCCCUCCCUCUCCAUCACUUUAAUGCUGGUAUGAUCAGCACAUUGCAGCUUCCAGGUGUGUUUGUGCCCUGUGCCCAGCUUUUGACCAUUCCGGCUGCAGCAGCUGCCACUCUGCUUGCUCAAGGUGAAGGCUGUGACUGUUGCUGGUGUGAAAAACAGGACAGCUCGUGAGCAGGUCCCCUGAAGUCACACGAGAUCCCUACACACAAGCAGGGAGGUGGCUGAAACCUUUCAGAACCCAGCUCUGGCAGCUAGCAUGGAAUCAGGCAUUUUGGAAGGUUAGAGCGAGGAGGUGCUCCGUGUCAGCACUUGCCUCUUCCCUGGUAUCUCACCCUCACUGAAGGUCUCUGCUGGGACAUACUGGAUGCUGCAGAUGUUCAGGGUGUGUUUGCUCAGGUACAGCUUGUAAUGCUGGAGUGGGGGCUGACGCUGGCCUUCAAGCUUGGGGGAGCAGAGGGCAGUUUUCCUGAUGUUCAUUUUGUUCCACACAAUAAUAAAAACUUUAUCAUCUGUA